AUGUUGACAGUCUGCAACGCAGCUUGCAUUUUCAGCUGCUGCAUUAAGAAACAGGCUGAUCCUGAUGAGGAUGCAGAGGAAUUGCCGGGAGGAUCGUCAGAAGCAGUGGAGUUGACCCUGCUGCCAUCUACCGGCGGAAGAUUCAGGAAGUUUCAACAUGGCUUCCGCCCGCUUGGGCGCUACAAACAUGGUAAACCACAAGUGACUCAUAAUAAGCUGGAAAACAAUACAAAUAAUUAUUCUUCUCGUAUCUCACGUAAUAUGGCUGACGCAAGACGAAGAAGAUUGCAAGAAUUGGUGAAAAAGACUGGAAAUAAUAUAUGCGCUGAAUGCUGUAAAAAAAAUCCAGAAUGGGGUUCAUGCAACAUAGGGGUGUUCAUCUGUACGGACUGUGCCGGCCUGCAUCGGAACUUGGGCGCUCAUAUCAGCAAAGUGAAAUCUCUUAUACUGGACAACUGGGAUGCAGAUCAGUUGCGAACGAUGGAGGAAGUCGGGAAUCUGAAAGCCAAAGCAAAAUACGAAACAUACAUUCCUGUCUGCUACAGAAGACCUUGUUCAUCUGAUCCUGAUGUUUUGAAAGAACAGUUCAUUAGAGCUAAGUAUGAACGUGAAGAGUUUAUUAAUGUUGACCGUCAGACGUAUACGACUGGUUCUAUGGAAGGUUUUUUGUGGAAACGAGGUAAAGAAGACGGAAGGUUUCAGCAAAGAAAAUUUAUUCUUAGUGAAGCUGAUGGCACGUUAAAGUAUUAUAUUAAAGAGUCCCACAAAGAACCUAAAGCCACGAUUCUGGUUGCUGAUUUAAAUAUGACGUUAUGUCCAAAGAAAAUAGGCAAUCCUAAUGGUGCACAGUUCACGUAUGUCAAAGAUGGAUCCACAAGAAAUAUUUUUGUAUACAGCACAAAUGGCAUGUCCAUUGUUGAAUGGUACAUGGCCAUUCGAUCUGUCAAGCUCAAUCAACUUCGCGUGGCUUAUCCUGGAACCAGUGAGUUGGAGCUGUCUCAGUAUUUGACUCGAGAUUUCCUAAAAGAGGGUUGGAUGUUUAAGACUGGUCCUAGAGCUAGUGAUGCAUACAAAUGGAGGUGGUUCACACUGGAUGACCGGAAAUUGAUGUAUCUAGAAGAUCCUUUGGAUCCGUACCCCAAAGGUGAAGUCUUCCUGGGAUAUCAUGCAGAUGGUUUUGCAGUGAAGAAAGGUGUGCCUCCUGGAAUGAAGGAACAGGGUUUUGGGUUCACUCUUCGUACUCGAGAUCGAAUUUAUCUCCUAGGCGUCCAAAAAGAAGACGACAGGACAGAAUGGAUGAAAGCAUUACAGAGUGUCAUAGAGAGACCCUUGACACCCCAAGAUAACACUAUGGCAGCAAAUUUGGUUCGGAAAAGAAGCACCAUCAGUUCUCCAUUCCAUCUCCUGAAAGUCAGGUAGUCUAAAAUAUCAAUCAAAUUAUCUCUCCAUGCUUCAUUUGUAAAAUAAAGACUCUAUACAGAGAAUCAGAAUUCUACAUUUGAGAAGGCUGUAAAUUUAGAGCUUGAAACAACGUCUGAAGAUUUUUUUUACAAUGACGUUCACAGCAUUUUAUUACAAUGACAAUGUUUUAUAUAUUUGAACAUUGCUUGAUGUUUUUUGCUGAUUUGGUUUAUUUUCAGAAAAUUUUUGGUUGAAAAUAAGUUGGUAUAGUUUAUUUAUUUGUUUGAAACUUCAUUAAAAAAUGGCAAAUUCGUAUUCCCAUUA